AUGAACAGCAACAAUCGUGUUCAGCUGUUCGAUGCCACCACGAGCAAAUUCCUAGCGUCUGUCGGCAGGAGGGGGCAGAUUAGACCCGGGCGGAUGCAGGGUCCCGAAGGUGUAGCGUUUGUGGACGGCCGCCGCGAGAUGAUUGUUGCCGACACAGGGAACAGCAGGCUUCAGAUCUUCCACGUCGAGGAGCUGGCGGAUCCCCUCGAUGACCCCGGUAUCCAGCCCGACGUCACCUCCUCCUCCUCUUCUUCAUCUUCCUCGGGGCGUGGAGCAGGAGAGCUACAACGGCAAGCGGCCAACUUCGAACAGGGGCCAGAUGAUGCCGACGGCGAUGAUGGUGCCUGUUUGCUCGUGUUCGCGGGGGGGGAAGACGCCGGUGGGCUGAGGCAGCGCCGAGUGGCGGGUGAGUCCGAAGACGCCGAGGGGCCUCUGAGCCAACCUUGCGACGUGGCGUACUGGAGGCCACGGCGGACGGCGGCUGGAGAAUUCCCAGAAAAAGGAGGGAAAAAGAAGAAAAAGAAAAGAAAACCGGAAGAAAAAGAAGGCGAAGUGGAAGACACCACUACUGUCUGGGCGUGGAACCCUGAACCGCCGAGGUGGUUUUGGCCGAACCCUGAGGACGAGGAGAGAGCAAGGAGGGAGCUAUUAUCACCCGCGUCGCCUCCGCGAACCAACCCCGCCCCAACCAGCAAACCUCCUGCCGGGUUUCCACCCCGAGGGCACACCAAGAAACCGAUUGAUCGUCGCUCGACGUCGGAGAAUGAAAGCAGCACGGGGCAGUUUCGAGUUGGCAGCAUCAAGGGUGGUGGCACCGGGGAGCCCACACUUGGCGCGUUCGUGGUCUGCGCAACAGGAGUUGCCGGCAAGCUCCAGCUGUCGUUUAUCGCGAAGACGAAGGAAGCCGAGGAGGCCGAACACGCCGCUGCCAAUGGAAGCGAGCCCGCAGAGAGCGAGGACGAGUCUUUCUCUUCCCUCUCGGGACGUCGGUCUACAGAAGAACGGGGAGAAGACGACAGCUCGGAAGGCUUCGAAUGGAUGAGGCGCGUGUGCAGGAACGGGUAG